AUGGCUGAAGUGAUCAAUCCUGCCGCACCUGCACUUGUACGGUGUCAGGGCACCAAGGAGACACUGGAGCACAUCUUCUGGGACUGUGCAUGUGCUCAAGUAUGCUGGCAGAAACUCAUCUGCCAAUGGACAGGGGAAUGUUGGACCCAGGCUACUCUACACAACUUCCAAAAGAACUGUGCAAGUAGACAAGCUCCAGAACUGUCCAAAACGAUCACAGAAAAGCUACGAAAUCUCUACCCAGAUGAGGCCUCUCAGAGUUCUGGACUACAGGACAAAGGCAAAUACGAGCAGUCGCCAUACGUGAACGACGGUGCCCAGAAC